AUGCUGGCCCGACACACAGAACCGGCGCUGGCCCGACACCGACAAGGCAACAUGGCGCGCUCACGACGAACCCAGAGAGACGCGAGUACUUCGCGCUCCGACUCUUCCGCCUCGACCUCUCCAGAGCGCGGCUAUGACGACGAAGAAGACAAGGACUCCAUCAUGAUGCAGUCCAACGACUCAUUGUCAUCACUCGCGCCCUCGGUAUCGCCAGACUCAGACGACGAGGCUCGCCGGCGCGCCAUCGAAGAGCAGAACCGCAUCUCGCCCGUUUCCCGCUUACCCGCCGAGCUCAUGAUCGCCGUCUUCGCCAAACUCUCGUCCCCCGCCGACCUCAAGAACUGCAUGCUCGUAUCCAAGACAUGGGCAGGAAACAGCGUCGGCCUGCUGUGGCACCGGCCUUCCACAAACAAAUGGUCCAAUGUCAAGAGCGUUAUACAGACUGUCCAGACUGUAAACAGCUUCUUUGACUACAGCAGUUUGAUCAAGCGCCUGAACCUGGCCGCUCUCGGCAGCGAGGUCAGCGACGGCACACUGAGGCCUCUUUCAAGUUGCAAGCGUGUCGAGCGCCUGACGCUGACCAACUGCACCAAGUUGACCGACUUGAGUCUGGAGGCCAUGCUCGUCGACAACCGCUACAUACUCGCCCUGGAUGUUACCAACGUCGAGUCCAUCACCGACAGGUCCAUGCUUGCCCUGGCCAAACACGCAGUCCGUCUGCAGGGUCUAAACAUCACAAACUGCAAGAGGAUAACAGACGCUUCGCUUGAGGCUGUUGCCAAGAACUGCCGGCAUCUGAAGCGCCUAAAAUUGAAUGGAUGCUCUCAGCUCAGUGACAGGAGUAUCAUCGCCUUCGCUAGGAACUGUCGCUACAUUCUGGAGAUCGACCUUCACGAUUGCAAGAAUCUCGACGAUGCUUCCAUCACCACCCUCAUUACUGAAGGUCCCAACCUCCGUGAAUUGCGCCUGGCUCACUGCUCUAAAAUCACAGACCAGGCCUUCCUUCGCCUCCCAGCUGAGGCUACCUACGACUGCUUGCGUAUCCUAGAUCUUACCGGCUGCGACGAACUACAAGACUCCGGCGUUCAGAAGAUAGUCUACGCAGCUCCGCGGCUUCGCAAUCUGGUCCUGGCCAAGUGUCGCAAUAUCACAGACAGAGCCGUCAUGGCCAUAACUCGUCUGGGUAAGAAUCUUCACUACAUACAUUUGGGACACUGCUCGCGUAUCACCGACGUCGGUGUCGCGCAGUUGGUCAAGCUAUGCAACCGCAUACGGUACAUUGACCUCGCAUGCUGUACCGCUCUCACCGAUGCCUCGGUCAUGCAACUGGCUGCUCUCCCAAAGCUGAAGCGCAUUGGCUUGGUCAAGUGUGCAGCCAUCACAGAUCGGAGUAUACUCGCAUUAGCCAAGCCGAAGCAGAUUGGAUCUAGUGGACCCAUCGCACCUAGCGUGCUCGAGAGAGUGCAUCUUAGCUAUUGCACCAAUCUCUCCCUGGCGGGCAUACACGCGCUGCUUAACAACUGCCCCCGCCUGACGCAUCUCUCGCUUACCGGCGUCCAAGCUUUCCUCCGCGACGACCUUCUCGCCUUCUGCCGUGAAGCGCCUCCGGAAUUCAAUGAUCACCAGCGUGAGGUCUUCUGCGUCUUCAGCGGUGUCGGCGUACAACGCCUUCGCGUCUUCAUGAACACCAAUGGCCGAGACGAUGUUGAUAACGAGGAAGACCCUUUCACUCUCAACGACGGUACCAUGUACCACGAGGAUGAAGAUGGCGAUAACAUGGUUGUGGUCACAGCACAAGCGAACAUAAUGGCCAUUGACGAGGAAGACGAAUUCGGUAAUGACAGUGAGAUGGCAGGGCAAGACUAG